GUUGUACAGCAAACCCAUAAUAGCAGUGGCGGCAAUAGCUUUUCCUAUAGAACACCCAUCGAUUCACCUGUUCCUUCAUCCAUAAAUAGAGAUUAUGAUGAUUCAGAAUUUGAUGAUAAUAUGGAUAUUAGUAGGAGCGAAGCUUGUUCUGACUACGAUGAUAUUGAAGAACCAUCAUCUAUAGAAGAAUUAAAAGGAUUAUUGAUGAAAUUCACUGCAAUGACACAUAUAAGACUUCAAUCAAUUUUACCUAUAUUGAUAGAUAAUGAUAUAGAUGAUCCUGACAUUCUUUUAUUGAUUGACAACGAACAAUUUCUUCAUGACAUUCGGGGUAAAAAUGGUUCUGAGAUUAGUCGCGGCAAUAGCUUGUUACUCUGGCAUGGUAUACAAGAAUUACGUAAAAAAAAUGAAAUUCAAAAUCUAAAUAAUCAACGUCACCAGUACAAUCAUGCUAGUCACAAUCAUCAUGAUCGUAACAAUCAUGAUCGUAAUAAUCAUAAUAUUCGUAAUUAUAAUCAUAAUAUUCGCAAUUAUAUAAAAGCUCCUAAACUAAGUAUGUCCACCAUAGAGGAAGUACAUACUCGAGUGAAUCGUGUGUUGAGUGUAGUAACAAGCGAGAACAAUCGUCGGAAACAAAUUGCCCUUACACACAAUCCAAAUUGCAAACCAACAUUGAAGUUUGAGGAUUUUGUGGCUGAACUUAAACGUUCCCAUCGUAUUCCAGUGGCAUUUGGUACAUUACGUGAUAUGCGGUUUGCAUAUAUGCUUAAAAUCUUGAGUAAACAAUGUUAUGACCGGGUUUUGGCAUCAAAUAAAACAACUAAUGUCACAGAGUUUUAUCGAGCUUGUCAAGAAGCUUGCGAAGAAAAUUUCACUGAUGAACAAUUGGAAUCUGCAUUGCCUUGGUUGGAUCUUAAAGCAAAAAUGUAUUAUAAGCAGCAGCAGUAG